AUGAACAACACUUUUUUCAACGCAGAAGUGAUUUUGAAAGUUGUCCUGACCUAUGCAGUUCCACUCGUUGUCAUAGCAAUCUUGUAUUUUCUGAUCUCCAAGUUUCUUUGGACGCGCAAGCCACCAGUGAGUGACGUAAAUCAACAAGCUUACAUCAAACAAGUGAAGAAACGUAAGACGUUGAUCAAAAUGUUGAUAACAGUUGUCACGGUGUUUGCCGUCUGUUGGUUCCCUAUACACGUCAGUCACAUAAUGCCUGAGUUUUACCGAGACGAAUACUUCGAUAUUCCAAUGGUUUUCAGAUGGCUGUUCUUCUGGCUUGCGCAUGCCAAUGCUGCAAUUCAUCCCUGGCUGUUUAUUGCUUUUGGUGAACAUCUCAGACGAGGAGCAAAUGAGAUAUAUUGGCAUCUCCUAAACAAACUGAGAUUGUGUACCGGGUCCACUCCAAAUCCAGGCACCAACGAUAAUCCUCUGCCCAGAUGUGUCACCCCAAAAGGCCACGGUCGUACUGCUGAACAAGAUACCUGA